GACGGGCUGGGACGCUGUCCCAGUUGGUUCUCGUUCGCUUCUACAUGGCGUAUAGCUCACACUCGUCCGACUCAGGGCAAACCAAACCAGCGGCGGCUAGUGUGAAGGUCGCAAAGCAAGGACAGCAUGGAUUCUCUGGGCCCUUCACAGCUGUUCCGGCACAGAGCCGUCGACGUCUUCGUGGGACACGAAAGGUGGCUUCGCUUGGAACAAUCGGAGAGGCAGCGAUCGAUGUCGCGUUAACGGCUGGAUCGCUUUAUUUCGUCGUCUAUGCAGGACUGGUCUAUACCCACCGCGGCGAACCGUCCGACUCGGAUUAUGCCAAAUCUCUGCUUAAAGCGGCUCAAUAUAAUCCUACCAUUUUCCCAAUCGCAUUCUCGGCCAUUGUAGCCAGAUUCAUGAUUGUGCUCGCACACGCGAAACUUGAAGCUGGCGCCAGAGUCCUCACAUUAGAACACCUUCUUCACAGCCGGUCUGUUUUCAGCACUUUCACUGCCGCACUCAGUUUGAGGUCUUUUCACGUCAUCACACCGUUGCUCCUCUUGUUGUGGGCUCUCUCCCCUCUAGGUGGCCAAGCGAGCUUGAGGAUUGUAUCUACUCAGCCAGCCUAUACCAUAGUGCCACAUAAUUUCACCUAUCUUGCUUACGCUUCGGCAUUUAGUAACGAAGGCGAAGGUUCUCCGUCAGCUAAUCUGCUAACUCCCAUCAACGCUGCAUUCACUUCAGCACUUGUUACAUCCAAAAGCUCAAAGGAAGCACACCAAGAUCCAUAUGGAAAUAUCAAGAUUCCGAUAUAUGGAAGUCUGCCUCCAUCUACAGGAGUCGACGCCACUGAAUGGAGGGAGAUUGCGGACGACGGGUCCAAAGUGACUUGGAGCUCGCUGACUGGAAUCCCCAUCGCGGGAUUGCCCACGACAGGUAUCUCAAACUUCACCAUGAACACUGGUUACAUGUACUCUACAUGUAAUGUGGAUGGUGAGGAGGCCGACUUGAACCUUCUCAGCUUGAGUAAUUCAACGAAUUAUGCACCUUCUGGUGGCUACAGUGGAGCCAAUUUCGCGAUUGCAGCCUCAUUUCUGACCUACUUGGGAGCACCUCCAGCGAACUUCACGUUCCGAGCACUCGCUUCUGAAGACUUUACCGCCAACAAAACAUUGACUGUUGCCAACUGCACCAUGUCUAUGGAAUACGUAGAGUUGCAGGUUCGAUGCGAUGGAGCGACCUGCAAGUCUCUUCGAGCACGACCAGCGCCAACUCCAGCCACACACAUCCAGUCGUUCUACGCCGAAGCCGCCAAAAAGAUCAAUCUUACAGACUACACGCCGUUGAACGGUCUGGCCCAACCAGGAGUUAGCGUCACGUCGUUUUGGAAGAACUUUGUCAACUCCACGAAUCCGUCGAUUGCCUGUGAUACUUCGACGUGCACGACGAGUGGGAUAGAAGGCUACCUUGUUGAUCCUAACAGUCCCUUUUCCUUCACAACAACACCCUUGAUCUGGCAGCAAGGCAACGAGCUCAUCUCUCAAAGAUUCACACAACUGAUCAACACUUACUGGAUCAACAGCGUAGCACCUCGCUCCACGACGGGGAAUUUUUCGGGUCCUACGGAGGCUAGCACGAAUGCAUACAACACGGAUAGCUUCGUUGGAACGAUCCAGACAGCGCAGGAGGUGCUGAAAGUGAACAUGGUGUGGCUUGUGAUUCUGCUGGUCGCUGCAGCAGCCAUGUUCCUCUGCGGGAUAUACAGUUCACUGAUGGGAAUGCGGCGAAGAGGGCCUGACAUACUGGACAGUUUCACCGCACUUUUGAGAGACAACCCUUACGUCCAAGACGAACACUAUUCAUCAAUGGAGGAUGCGAGCGCUCAGGCGAGGAGACUAAGAAACACCGUCGUGCAGCUUGGUGAUGUGCGGCACGCUGAUGAGGUUGGCCACGUCGCUGUAGGAUGGGCGAACAGCACUGGUCCCCUGGAUCCUUUGAAGAUGUAUGAUUGAGAAAACCAAAAGUGAC